UGAGAAGUGUAUAAAGACGGCUGGUUUGUUCUUUGUUGUAUCCUACCGAUUAAUCGUUGUGACAUAAUUGCUUCAUAACUUUUAUCGAAAAUUUAUUGACAACUUGUUGAGAAGUCUGGAGUAGAAAAGACGAGUGAAAAUGACGAAUUUCUUCAAGAAUUAUUUCUAAGAUUCAAUUUGUGACGGUUUCUUCGAAUGAAAAUAUUUUUUAAAGGAAGUGUUAACAAAGUGUAAAGUUCAUAUCAAAUUAGAUGGAUGAACAAACAAUUUUCAAAUACCAAAGUCAGCAAAUCAUGUAAUUAUUAAGUUAACAAUCAAAAGUUUGUUGAAGUUAGUUUAACUAUCGAUUAAGUUAUUUUCGAGUCAAAAGACUUGAACAUAAUCAUGUGGAUUUUACGAAGCAUUUUAAUAGCGCAUUAUUUCAUACUAGGAAACUCAGUGAAGCAAAGCGAACAAAAAAUGAUGGCAGCGAGUCGUUUAGAAAACGUAACACAAACCAUUGCCAGAAUUCUUGAAGGUUACGACAUAAGACUACGGCCUAACUUUGGUGGUGAGCCAUUAUUUGUUGGCAUGGAUUUGACUGUAGCUAGUUUCGAUGCAAUAUCAGAAGUCAAUAUGGAUUACACCAUAACAAUGUAUCUUAACCAAUAUUGGAGGGACGAGCGUUUAGCUUUCAAUACGUACACAUUAAUGGUCGAAAAUGUGGAAGAUAACGAAUACAUAGGAACGAAUGAUAUUGAAGAAGAAGAGUCAAGAGACAUGAUAACUUUGUCGGGAGACUUUGCCGAAAAGAUUUGGGUUCCGGAUACAUUUUUUGCAAAUGAUAAGAAUAGUUUCCUUCAUGAUGUCACUGAACGUAACAAACUUGUGAGAUUGGCAGGCGAUGGUUCUGUCACAUAUGGCAUGCGUUUUACGACAACAUUGGCAUGCAUGAUGGAUUUGCAUUAUUAUCCAUUAGAUUCGCAAAACUGUACAGUUGAAAUCGAAAAUGGCUAUACAGUGUCUGAUGUUGUCAUGUACUGGAGGAAAACUCCUAUCCGAGGUGUAGAUGAAGCAGAACUGCCACAAUUUACAAUAAAAGGCUACGAAACAAAUGACAGAAAAGAAAAGUUGGCUACAGGAGUUUAUCAAAGACUCUCAUUGUCAUUUAAACUUGAAAGAAACAUAGGAUAUUUCAUUUUUCAAACAUAUUUACCGAGUAUACUCAUUGUGAUGCUUUCAUGGGUGUCGUUUUGGAUAAAUCAUGAAGCGACUAGUGCUAGAGUUGCUUUAGGAAUAACAACUGUCUUGACGAUGACAACAAUCAGUACAGGUGUCAGAAGUUCACUACCACGAAUCUCCUACGUGAAAGCAAUCGAUAUUUAUCUAGUGAUGAGUUUUGUAUUCGUAUUUGCAGCGCUUUUAGAAUAUGCAGCCGUGAAUUAUACUUAUUGGGGCAAAAGAGCGAAGAAGAAAAGCAAGAAAAUUAAAGGAAUAGCUAAAAAGUCUUCAAGUAGAGCAGACCAUAACAACCUUUCAACACCAACACACGAGGACAUUAUAGAACUUCAAGAUGUCAGAAUGUCUCCGAUAGCAUCGCUAAGAAAUCGCCAAUAUCCAGUUGAUGCAUCUGAUAAUCUUGACCUAGCGAAAUUCCCUCCUAGCUUUAGAAUAACUCGUUCGUAUGGUUCAUCUGUCAGAACCGGAUUGCGUCAUCGAGCUGCAAGAAACAAUCAUCGUCCUAAAAUGUUGCAUGCAAUUAAACGUGGAGCUUCUGUGAUUCGAGCUUCGAUACCAAAAAUUAAAGAUGUCAACAUUAUUGACGAAUAUUCUCGAGUAAUUUUUCCCGUCGCUUUCCUUGCAUUCAACGUUGGAUACUGGGUGUUUUAUGUUUUAGAUUAAAAAGGUUAAGAAAGAGAGAAGGCUAAGAAAUAUUGUAGUCAGUUGAAUAGUCAAAUAAAUAAAUUCUCCAUUUAUCUAAACACAAUUGUCCUCCUAAACUUUAUGAGUUUAUGAUUUUUUUUUAGAAUUCGUUUCCAUAAUUAGUAAAGUAUUUUAGAAUUACAAAUAAUUUACAUGUUGAAAAUUCUUUACAAUCCUUUAUGUUUACAAUUUGAAUAUGAUUUGAUAAUGAUGAAAGCAUAACCAUGAGCUUUUAAGUUACCAAAGCACAAAAUAAAGUUAGAAAACAUUAAACAUAAUAAAAACAUAAUAAAUUGUUCACCCAGUUCAUUUUUAA